AAGUUGAUAACCCUCAUUCAGUCUGUACUGUGUGUGGUCUCCCUCCAGCCCAGGCUUUAUGUAGAGGUAAGGAGCCGUGCUCUGGGUUCAGUGCUGACCUCUGAGAUUGUCCAGGACGACUUGUCCCUGGCCAGAGUGUCCCUGUCCCCGGCCUGCUCUCUGGACACCCAGCGCUGGCUCUUCACCGGAGGGCUGCUCUGCUGCAAGGCUAGUAAGGCGUGUCUGUCAGUGAUCGGAGGGAAGGCCACAGUGGGGGCCAGAGUGGCCCUGUGGGCGGAGCAUGGACGCACACACCAGAGAUGGAGCCUGAACCACAACGGAACCAUCUCUUCCCAUCUCAACCACAAACUAGUACUGGACUUCAGAGGUAGAACAAGUUUCGAGAGGGACCACCUGGUUGUCAAUGAAUUCGCUGCUGAUCAGGCCACACAGUUCUGGGACAUGGAGUUGGUCUAGAAGAAAACUCCUGCCAAAGCCAUGAGGCAUCCCAGUGCAGUAUGGGAGAUGUUUGUUGUGGUGUUUGUUUCUAUCCUGGCAGAGCACUUCUCCCAGCCAUCUAGCCCACGUGUCCAUGACAAAUGAGCAAGAAGCAUCGCGUUAAUUUCCUGUGUCUUUUUUUGCUUGAUCUCAGGACCCAGAAACCAUUGCAGCGGCGCUGACACACAGAGUAACGAUACAGAAUCCAAUCGUCUUUCUCUACUUGAACAUGUCAGUGUGGCACUUAAUUCUAAAGCUAAUGUGUAGACAGUUAAGAACUGACAGGGGAAUUUAAAGCCAAAACUACAGGAUCAAGGCAGUUGAGCAAUCACAUAAAGGUUAUGAUAACUACCACUACUACACCAUUGAAAUAGAAUAGAAGUCAGUCAGCCAGUCUUUAACCUAAUGGGCUUACUGCUCUGUCUGAGGCAAUAUAAUGUAGCUUCUUAGCUUCUAUUUCUGAUAUCUUUUCUCAAGCACAUUUGCACUACCAAGAUUUUCACGUGAAAUGCGGCUAACAUCUUGUUUCUCUCUCUCGAUGAUGUCAAGGAAUUUGCUGCUGUAAGCUACCCUCGUCCUUAAAAUAUCAUGUCACCACUAACUGCCACUAGCCCAAAGUAAAAUAGUCACCGGCCCUCUACAAAUGUGUUCAGCGGGAGUGUUUUAAAAGAGCGUCUGGUUAUUUCACUGGAGCAAAAGGUGCAGAACCUUAAUAUAUAUGUAUGAUAUUCAGGAAUAGAUGUAAUCAAAUAUUUCUUAAAGAAUUGAUGUCCAUAAAGAUAAGAUGACAGUGUACAGUUGAGGCAAGCUGAUGAUUAAUAAUGAAGAUGUUUAUGUUUUUAAAUCUGUGAAUAAUAUUAAAGGUUAAUGUCAUAUCUGUUCA